CUCUUUACUUAUGCCCGACAAAUAUUAUGAAGAACGUCUAGAGGAUAUGGAGAGGAUGCGCUUUGCUCUAGAUCAGGAGACUGGAGCACAGAGAAUGAAGAGAAAAUUCAGAGAGGAACCCUUCGUACCCGCAGGUGUCGCGCUCACCUGCUUUGCACUGGUUGCAGCGACAGUAGGUAUAAAACAAGGACGGAGGCAGUACGCUAACAAUAUGAUGCGUUUGCGAGUGGCAGCGCAAGGUUUGACAGUUGGUGCGAUGGUCAUAGGUUCUAUUGUAUAUAGUAGGCAGCAGCAGGAAGAGAAGUUUGCGCGCGAGAGAGAGGCGAGGAGGGUUCGAAAUUUGUGAAAACGAUACACGAGAGAAAAUAAUUUGCAUUUGUACAACUUGCUUAAAAGAAAUUGUAUUAUCGUCACUAAAAUGGUAACUGUGUAAAAAGGUAUGGUGUCUAGUGUACAGCCAUACACGUUGGAUGUAAAGCGUUGAAUCGAUAAUGAUGCUGUGUUGCAAUUGAAGUCAUGGUUCGUU